GCCCAGGAGGAGGAGGAGGAAGAGGAGGAGGAGCAGCACUGGGCAUGGCGGCGCCCGCAGCUCUGCAGAGGAGCGUGGUGUCCCCCGCGGGCAGGCACACCGCCUCCCUCAUCUUCCUGCACGGCUCAGGUGAUACCGGCCAAGGAGCAAGAGCAUGGAUAAAACAAAUUUUGAAUCAGGACAUGGCAUUUCAACAUAUAAAAGUAAUUUACCCAACGGCUCCUCUCAGGCCAUAUACACCUAUGAAGGGAGCCUCUUCCACUGUGUGGUUUGACAGGUAUAAGAUCUCUAAUGACUGUCCAGAACAUAUUGAAAGUAUUGAUUCUAUGUGCCGAAGACUUACAGACUUGAUCAACGAUGAGAUUAAAAAUGGCAUUGCAAAAAAUAGGAUACUAAUAGGAGGCUUUUCGAUGGGAGGUGGAAUGGCAAUGCAUUUAGCAUAUAGGUUUCAUCAAGAUCUGCCAGGAGUUUUCGCUUUGUCUAGUUUUCUCAAUAAAGACUCUGCUGUUUACCAGGCUUUGAAAAGAAAUGAAAGUGUUCUUCCAGAAUUAUUUCAGUGUCAUGGAACUGCUGAUGAACUAGUUCUCUACUCAUGGGGUGAAGAGACCAACAAGAUGUUAAAGUCACUGGGAGUACCAACGUCACUUCAUACUUUUCCAAACCUUAAUCAUGAGUUAAGCAGAACUGAAAUAGAAAAGCUAAAAACUUGGAUUAUAAAGAAAUUGCCUGUUGAAGUAGCAAAGACAAAUGAAUAAAAGAAGAUGCAGCUUUCAUAUA